ACAGCUAACUUCACUUGGGCGCCGUUUUAAAUCGCUAUUAAACGUCUUUUGUCAAUUCACCCAGUAUAGAGAAAUAAAAUAUUUGUUUAUUCGUAGAAAUUUGUAUUAUUAUAAAAGUGGGAAAGGAAAAUCUUUAGUGUUAACGUAUCAUAAUGGAUUUUGAUGAUGCGAAAGAGAACAUACAACCGCUAGCUGCUGGACGGAAUGCCAGCAUAUUGCAUGCUUCUUUGCGUGUGGAAUCACCUCAGGAGCUACUAGCUCAGCGUCGUGAAUUAGAACGAGUUAUACACGAAUAUAAAGGAGAUGAUCCACUCGAACCAUGGUAUGCUUACAUUAGCUGGAUUGAGCAAAGUUUCCCAUCGGGGGGCAAAGAAUCUGGAUUAGAAGAGGUUCUUACAAAGUGUUUGUCACGUUUCGAGAAUGAGGAACGUUAUUUUCAGGAUAGGCGUAUGAUUAAAUUGUACAUGAAAUUUAUUGAUAGUCAUCAACACCCCAUGGAGUGCUAUCAACAGUUGUUUGAUGCGGGUAUUGGAACAAUGGUGGCGGAUUUCUAUAUUUGUUGGGCGUAUCAUUAUGAUACGUGUGGUAAUACACGCAAAGCGGAUGAAAUAUUUCGUCGAGGCAUAGCAUGUCGUGCGCAGCCUUUAGAGGAAUUACAAGAGGCUCAUCAGCACUUUGGAUUCUCUGUAUCUCAGCGUUUACUGUAUCAAGAUGACGAAGAUGUGAAAGAAAAUACAAAACGUCAGUUUGAAGAAAGACGUUUAGCAUUAACAUCACUUCGAGGACAUCGGCGAAAAGCAAUUGUUGGGAGUAUACGCACCGGGGCUGCAGUUAAGAGCUAUACCCCGGGGACGGUACAGACGACGGUUGGUGCUAGUUCUUCGAGGCAAAGCAACACCCGUGUACAAGUACUUCAUGAUGAAAAUGCCAGCUCCAACUUACCACUUCCACUAGCAAUAGCAACUGCCGAAACUGAGAGGGAAGAUCCUAAAUCAGUAGUGCGCUCAAUUAUUGAUGCAGCACGUAAUCAAGAAAAUCACAAAGAACCAGGUCCAUGGAACAAAGCACAUGAUAAGAAAAAAUCGGGAAAGCUGUUUGCUAGAUCGACAAGCAAUACCGAUUUAGGAUUUAAUAUACAUGAAGACGUUGAAAUGGAAGAUGUUGAAUACGAAAUCUUUAACAAGCCCAUGCAGCCACCAAUUACUGAAGGAGAACGUAAUUAUGAUAAGCCUUUUAAGUAUCCAGCAAAUUUUAAAAAUAAAAAUUUACCUCAAAAUGAAUGGCUCACACCGGUUACUAUUGAAAAUGCAUCGGAUCCCCGAACGCUCCCCCAGUAUAACAAGUGCUGUCUAUAUCCCCGGCCAAAUGUGGAAUUUCAGCCAGAAGAGUACCGAGCAUAUUGUAGGUUUCGAAAACGGAACAUAUCAAAUGAGUUUACCGCAAAACGUGAGCGAUAUUGGAGUAACGGUAUAAAUUGGGAUGUUCGUCAAUACCCUAAUUUUGCAAAACAAUCUAGACCCCAACGUUUAGGUGAAUUAGAUGCGUAUUUGGAACCGGAAAAGAAAAAAGAACUUGUAGUGUGCUUUAGCGAGUUGUAUGAUACUUCAGCUCAAGUUGAAUAUCAGUGGGAAGAGUUAAUGGCCAAGCGUUUACGUCGGAAUGAUACUAUUUUGAUGACGGCCGAUAUGGAUGAAACAAUGUGCGAUAUUAGCGAACGCGCGCAACGACGCAAAAGUUUCUUUCCUUUACGCAAAUCAAUAGCGCCCCGACAAACUAUAACAAAGCCGCAAACCAAUGAUGAGGAUAUUACGGAUAUUACCGCCUAUAGGGAAUUGAAGGAACAAAGAAAAAUUAUAAAUGACAGGGAUUCAGUUGAUAUUCCUAAUAAAAAGGAAAUACCUAAGGAAUCGAAUGACGUUAGUGUGCCUCCAAUUAAACCAGUUCAAACAUUCGACAUUUUUGAAGAUAGCAACGUGAUUACAAAAACCUCUACUGCUGCUGUGGGCCAAGAAGUUGUAAUAUACCAAGAAGAAUUCCCUACGGCAGCUGGUUUAGAUUUUAAGUUUAAAACUCCGGCAUUGCCUAAUACAACUGCCUUGGCUUUAGGGCCACAAACAACCACAACAACAAAUAAAUUGGGAUUUGAAAUUUAUACCGAGGCAUCUUCGACUGAUUCGCCGCCAGUGGCGGUUGCCGCUGAGGGAGCUGUGGGUGGAGUAAUUUUUGAUCCUGAAGAAACAUGUUCGACUCAAAUAUUCAACGUGUUUAUUAAAUCACAGUCGGUUAGUACACCAAAGACGGCUCAAAAAGUGGCUCCACGGGAAUCCGGUUCUAUUUUGAAAUGUAUUCCGAAUACCCCAGAAAUUGUAAAUAGUCCAGAUUGCCCUCCCGUAGUUGAACAAAGUGGUGAUGAACAGGAAAAUAGACUUAAAGACGUAGCUGAAUAUUCACCCCUUUUGGUAAAGCAGCUAUCAACCAUUUUGGAGACUUCCGAACACGGCACCACACAAGGUACUCAUACAACGGGUGGUACGACAACAAAAUCUAGCAAUAGCACAUCCGACGGUGAGGGCGAACGAGAGGUUGCAACGCGAUUGCCAAUGCCGCACACUGAUUUAGAGCCGCUUGAAGAACAAUCACAGGAAUCCUCUACUGUGCCUCCAGAGAUAAUUGCACCCACGGAUAAUAACAAUCUACACGGUAACACAACAACACAUGGGGCAGAUAUGUCGCAACCUAGCACUGUAGAGGUAAAGAGUCUGGAAAAAAUGCGUUUACAGAUAGGUCCAGAGACGCAAGCUCCUCCAGCAGCAUCAACUGGUGGUUUAAAUUUUUCAAUAUUCGAAGAUGAACAUACUGAAGCACUUAAAGUUAAACAAGCUGGCAAUUUUACACGUAUUGAUGAACGGGAGGACACUGCGGCUGGCUUUGCGAUACGUAGUAUUCGCUUUCAAGAGGACAAGACUGAAACUGUGCCUAAGAUGCUACUAAACUCGCGUUCUAUAGUUACAUUUCAAGAAGACAAAACAGAAACGUUGCCCAAAAUUGUAAUAACACAAGCAUCGAUGGGAUUCGAAACAGAAAAAACGGAUACGAUGCCGAAGAUACCCCUAGAAGCACCAAUUCUAACACUGGUCAAAGAUGUCAGCUCAAAUUUAGACGAUUCAUUUGAGUUUUUUGGACAAACUCCGCCUGGGAAAAGUAUACUACAUCCCAGGUAUGAAGUUUCGGUUUUUAAGGAAUGUAUGGAGGCACGUACGCCAGCAACCAAACGUCACUGUAGUGUGGACACACCAGAUUUGAAGCACUUCAAGCCACCGCAAUCAACGCAAAUGCCGAGUAUUGCCACUUCUGGAAAGAGCGUCAUGGCGGGUGUCAAGGGACCCGCCGUUUUUGAAGAUGAGGUAGAAAAACUGAAUUCGAAAAAAAAUUUCGAGUCUAUUCCCAAACCUUUAAAUACACAAAAAACGAUGGGUCCGACAGUGCCAGCUGUACACAGAACAAUUGGGCGCGAUUCAUUUUUGCCUGAUUUUUCAUUUAUUGAGGAGUCACAACCCAAGGCAAACACUCUAAUCAAUGACGAUGCUAACCUGAAAGAAAUUCCCUCCAAUGUUCGGUCUACUACUGUUGAUACAAAUUCAGAAAAACUUAAGGCGAUGAUGGAAUCGCAAGCAUUACAUGAAUCAGCCGCAAAGAAGGUAGCUGAACGAAAUGAAGUACAGGAGCGGCAAGCCAAAUCGGACUUAGGUGAUUCGUAUUUGAAAAAUUUCUCUGAAAUUAUGGACUCACAACCAGUGCAAUCCGAUAAUAAGUGGCAUAGAUCUGCAACUAAAAGUCAGCGAGCUGAAAUGCAAAAAACUGUUAAUGAAAACAUAAGUAAUUCAUUUCUGAAAGACUUUUCGGCAGUGAUGGAAUCGCAACCAACAAAAAAAGAAAGUGCAUGCCAGCAAAAUAUAUCCAUAACAAAUAAAGAUCUUACAACUAAUGGAAAACUUGAAGUAGAACUAAGUAAACUGAAGCUCAGCAAAAGAAAGUCUGACGAAUUAGUUAAAUUUGAUUUUGGAAAUGCGUAUCCUAAAGAUUUUUCUAUUGUAAUGGAGUCACAACCAGCGGCAAUCGAGCGUGAGCCACAUCAAACUAAGUCUUUUGCUGAUAAACAGGUGGUCAAACAGAAAAGUGAAGAAGUCGAGAAAAUUGAAAUCGGGGAUUGCCUUUUGAAGGAUUUAUCGUUGGUUAUGGAUUCACAGUCUGUUGCUAAUGAAAAACAACUACGUCAAAGUAAAUAUCUUUCUACCAUGACAACUACAACGCCGGUAACAGCAUCACUAUUUACUAAGCCUGAAGUAAAUCCUCAAAUAAUGCAAGAAAAUAACAAACCAGAUUUAGGGAGUUCAUAUUUAAAAGAUUUUUCAUUCGUACCCGAAACGCAGCCGAAUGAAAAUGCAAACUAUUGUCAUCAAAAUAAGAUGGUAUCAAAUAAAUCGAGCAGUGCAGCUCGUCAAAAUCCAAAUCCAUCAAUAAAUAUUACCGAUUCUUAUAUCAACAAUUUUUCAAUGGCUUUGGAAACACCAGCAAUUGAUAGUACAACGAAAUGCCCACAAAAACAGUUGGAAAAACUUACGCUUGAGCCAGCGCUACCAGCACAACCACUUCUUUUUCUAGAUUCUUACAUGAAAGAUUUCUCCGGCUUUCAAGGUCGACUUGACGAUUCAACCAGUGGUAGGAAAAAUAACAACCGUCUAUUAUUUUUGAAUGAAUCAAAAAAACUAAGUACACCCCUACCCCCCAUGCCACUGGUCGUCGAUGCCAACAAAGAAUUGAAAGCACAACGCGACGCUCCAAACAAACUAUAUUUUCUCGACAAAUCUAGAUCCAGUAUUUCUCAACCUGCGCAAAGUAAUCGCUUGUCAGCUGAAAAAUUCUUCGAGUUAAGUGCGGAAACAGCAAUGUUUUCUACAAAUAUCAGCAUGAUUAAAAACUCCACUUUGUUGCCGCACAAUGAGCAAAAUAUUCUUUCAGCCCCAACACCAAUAAAGGAAACUUCAGUACAUAUCAAACAGGAAGUUAAUGAACCAGUUGGAGAUACUAAUAAUCAACAGCAAGAUAAUGCAUUCAAAACACCGCCAUUGGCAGUAAACAAGUUGCCCCUACCUGCUCCAAAUGCGCCGAACGUUUUGUCGCAAUCGAGUUUGCAUCAAGAAAAAACUAAAGCCAAUUCAACAGGAGCAAUACCGAAAACGCAAUCAGUUAAAAAAACAUUGCUCCGUGAAAGCAAAAUACCACAACCUUUAAGCAAUUUUAAAGCGCAAACAAAUGAUGUCCCGCCCGUGGAGGUAGAUGUGCCCGAAGUUGUUGGCGAUGACGACGACGCUGAUGCGGAAAUGAGUAUCUAUUUCAAGCACACGCCCAAAACACCGAAAAUUGAACAGCAUAUUUGGCACGAAAAAUCACCCUCACCAAGAACACCCUCAAAGAAUGUGUACGUGCAUCGCGAUGUGGAUUUAAAUGUAACGAACCAAAUUGUCGACAGUUUAAACGAGGAUCCACAGGUAAACCCUUUUAAUGCGUACCUGCAAGGUGCUUUCUUGGAACAAAUCGAUUUUAGCAAUUACAUUGAUGAAUUGCCAAAUUGUAUGUUGGUGGGGCAUGUGUCACGCCUGAGUAAUACGUCUAAGGUGAAAGUGAAUGAUGUUGAAUUUGAUGUUCUCAAGUUAGUGGGAGAGGGUGCGUACGGUGUCGUAUACAGUGGUGUGAAUAGUAAGACUGGAAAGAAAUAUGCGCUAAAGCAGGAGCGCCCGCCUAACUUUUGGGAAUACUAUAUAUGCCUAGAAGUGCAUAGCCGGUUAAAUUCGGAUGAUUUGGUUUGCGCCUUUAUGAGCAUCGACUAUGCCCUCAUUGGUAAUAAUUCUAGCGUCCUAAUUUCACCAUUUUCUACGUAUGGCUCGUUAAUAACUGUUUGUAAUAAGGUGAAAAAACAUACAUUGAGAAAUGUAGAUGAGUAUGUCGUAAUGUUGUUAACUUGUGAGCUACUUAGCAUUAUUGAUCAUCUGCAUGCAGUCAAUAUUAUACAUGCCGACAUCAAAGCCGAUAAUUUCAUCCUGAUGAAGAAAUUGGAUUAUAACAGUACUCAGUACGCUCUCCAACUGAUCGAUUUUGGUGUAUCAAUAGAUAUGAAAUUAUUUAAACCUGGCCAGACUUUUAAUUACGUCCACAAUGAAAAUGCUUUCAAGUGUGUAGAAAUGCGUGAAGGACGACCAUGGACGUACCAAUUGGACUUGUACGGUUUGGCCGGUGUUAUUCAUGUGUUGCUCUUCGGUAAAUUUAUGGAUAUUACACAACGUGCCAAUGGCACCUGGAUGCAUAAGACGCACGUGCCGCGCUACAUAAAUCGUACACUAUGGGACACGAUAUUUCAGUCAUUGCUAAAUGUGCGUGAUUGUGAUUCAAUGCCGAAUUUGCAAAAUCUGCGUGCACUUAUUAAGGAAGAAAUAGCAGAGAAAGAGAAGUUCGUAGUUAGAAAGGUUACCGAGUUUAAUUUGACCUUAAUCGCUUAAAACUAUGUAGCAUAACUUACUGGUUUUCCAAUUUAUUAGAUUUGAUUAAAUAAAUAUUAAGAUUUAGUAUGCACAA